CUCUUCUCUUUCUAUCCACCAUGCCGCCCAGUACAUCCCCAGACCAUGCCGCACUCCUCCAUGCUCUCACAAACUCCACCCUCCAUGCCCUCACAAAACGCGCAGACUCCGUCCCCAACACAUUUCGUGCGUGUCCCACCUACCGGGCUGCAGCUGAUAGACAGAGACAAACACUGUCAUCGGCGCAUGCGUAAUGUUCGUGGCCAUCCUCAUAGCUUGGAACAUCCCCAUCCUGAGGGAUGUAAUAGCAGGGCUGAAGGUGAGGGGCAUGUGGCCUGCCUGGUCACCAUGUACGAUACUGACCAUUCCCGCUCGCAGCUAUUCACCGUUGGCCUCCAUGAACUAUUUCACCUGGCGGCUGGGCUGUUAUGUGGUGGGCAAGUGGUCAGCAUCUGUAUCGAUCCGAACGACGGAGGCGCUACUCAUGUAAUGGGUCUCAUGCGAACCACCCCACGAAUUCCGAGAGAUCCAUACGCUAUGCCGACAUAUCCUCAAUUGUUCUGGAGUCCUUCGGCUCUGAUUACCUUGUCUUCUGGGUAUAUCGGGUCAUCCAUAAUUGGUUUUCUAUUUGUCUUUUGCGGAUUCGACAUUGUGGCUUCCAAAGCAUGUGUGCUAGUCAUACACUUUGGCUUACUAGUGCCAAUCAUGCGCGCCGAUCACUGGAUAGCCUUUGCCAGCAUCGUUGUCUGCGAGGCCGUUCUCGUUGGGUUAUGGUUCGGUGACCACGGAAAUGCUCUUCGCUUCUAUGUCAUCUUUGUCGGCAUGAUGAAUCUAUUCUACGUCGUUUGGGACUAUAUUGACGAGAGACUGUUCGACAAACGCAACACCUCUGAUUGCGCCCAGUUUUCAGAACUGCUGGGAUGGCCCACAAGCUCUUGGGCCAUACUAUGGUUUAUCUAUGAUGUGUUGGUGUUUACGAGCGCAAUAUUUGCUGGGAUCAUUGUUUUCCGAAGAACAGACGAUCAAAUGUAUGCUGAGACCGCCAAAUUCCUCCCCACUCGGUAAACAUCUAGUUCAAUGCGCCAUACUCUGCCCCGUCUAGUCUUUCUCUCUCUCGUUUCGGCCCAGGAGCAUCUCGAAAAGGAGCACCCUAGAAUACACCUCAUGCUGAUGUUGCUGUUGUACCCCUGUAUAUAUAUAUACCGCUUGAGAGGCAAACCCCCCGACAGAUGUCUCGUACGCCGAGGAGCAGGCCGACGCGUGAUAUUUAGAACAGAUGUACGUAUGUGAGUCUGGUGCUUCUGCCGCCCGACACAUAGGGCUACGGCGAGAUCCUGGUCCGCCAUCUAGCAUUUGUGGC